GGGCGACGGAAAAUCUUUCGUUCCUCAGACGCAGGCACCACAUGCAUCGUCCCAACCUCCGAACCAGCUCACACCCUCUGUCGGCAUGCUCCAUGCCAUUCUUGAAUCGGUCGCCUGUACCGCAUGAACAUGGACGACAACUCCUUUGUCAAGUCAUUCUUCAUGGAAGAGGGCGCGACGAUGAACCAUGCGUUGAGCCACACGCAGCACCGGCCCCGCACCAGAACUGAGAGUCCUUUCAACGAAAAUGAUCUCUUCUCUGGGUACACCAUCGAAGAUCCCCUAGCGGACGUCAAGCACGAUGCAGGCAGUCAAGGUGGCAUGUUCGAGCCCCUCGACCACACCCAUGCCCCUCUCACUCCGCUACACAAAGUCGAUUUUGUGUCGUACCCUGGUUUUCAUGACUUUGAAUUGCGCGUUCCUCAGUUGGCCUCAACGCCAAACAGCUCGUUCGAACCUGUGUACACAUCUUUCAUGCCUCAUGGCCACCACCACAACGCACCAUCGUCGUCGACAGCGCAAUUCUCCGUCCCCCAAAACUACCAACAACCCUACCUUCACCCUGCUCAGGUUCAGCCGUCGUCGUUCGUGUGUCAAGACUCGAUGGGGGGCUUGCGAGCGAAUACGACCAUUUCGACGUCCCCAGCCAUCGAAGUGCGAAAAUUUCCCGUCGACCCCGACUUUCGCAGGUUCCAGCUGGGCAGCCACGUCCUGCCGCCGCCAGUGCACCACCAUCGAUCUGUGUCGGACUACGCGGCGAAACCUCCGCAGCCGGUGCUAAAGGUCCCCCUUCAGCGAGCGACAACAGUCCCAGCGCCGAACCAACAAGUUGUCCCACCCUACAAGUCCAAGGGAAAGCGGUGUACAGAAAAUGGUUGCACGAGGCGAGCACAAUCGAACAAUCGAUGCAAAGCGCAUGGCGGUGGCGCGAGAUGCCAGCACCCUGAUUGCCCCAAAAGUUCUCAAGGGGGGGGAUUCUGUCGGGCGCACGGUGGAGGCAAAAAGUGCGAAUUUGCAGGAUGCACCAAGGGCCAGCAACGCAAGGGAUUUUGCUACGCCCAUGGUGGAAUUCGCAAGUGUAAACAUGCUCAAUGCGACAAGAAGGAUCGAGGGAAUGGGUAUUGCAUCGCCCACGGCGGAGGCAAGCGAUGCACGAGCGACGGGUGCAUGAAUGCUGUGCGGAAGGGCCGAUUUUGCAGGGCUCACCUUCCCGCCGGCAGCAACGACUGACCCUUCACCAGAACAUGGUCCAUUGUCGACCUCCAACGACAUGUAAACAGUACAUGAAAGCUUUUAUCGA